AUGGCGUUGCUGCAGUGGAAAGCGCCCGUUGACUACGAGGCCCAAUUGACUGCCUUCAAGACGUUCUUGCAAGACUUCAAGGCGUCUCCUGCUGAGUCUAUCACCCACGCCCUCGGUAACAUUGACAUUGGCGAGGACGACCUUGACGAUGAGUACGACUUUAUGGAUGAGGACGACGAGGAGGAGGAGCGUCGGCGUCAGGAGAGGGCCAACAAGAAGAAGCCCCACCACAAGUACAGGGACAUGAUGCGCCAGCUUGCUGACCGCAAGAUCGACGAGGUGCUUGUCGACCUCGACGAUGUCGCACAGUGGGAGGAAGAGGCAGGAGAGGAUGUCGCCCCUCUGAAACUUGUGCAAUCCAUCGAGGGCAAUGCCAAACACUACGUCGAGAUCUUGUCGAGAGCCAUUGACGAAAGCAUGCCAGAGCCUAGCGCAGACCCUACAUUCAAGGACGACGUGCUGGAUGUCUUGAUGGCACGACGGCAAGCCCGGAAUCGCGAAAUCGUCGAGGGCGCCGAAGCCAUGGGUGAUCCAACCCUGCUGCAGGACAAGUUCCCCGCGCAGCUGACGAGACGUUACACCCUCGUCUUCAAACCAAGAUCCUCCACCUCAGACGGCCCAGCAAAGGCCCUGUCUGUUCGCCAAGUCCGUGGUGAUCACCUUGGCCACCUCAUUACUAUCCGGGCUAUCGCGACUAGGGUCUCGGACGUGAAGCCUCUGGUGCAAGUCAGCGCAUACACUUGCGAUCGAUGCGGCUGCGAAAUUUUCCAGCCUGUCACCGCCAGGCAGUUCGGUCCCCUCUCCGUCUGUCCUUCGGCAGACUGCACAGCCAACCAGACCAAGGGCCAGCUGCAGCCGUCCUCACGAGCUUCCAAGUUCUUGCCCUUCCAGGAAAUUAAAGUACAGGAGCUCCCCGAACAGGUACCCAUUGGUCAGAUCCCGCGGUCCCUGACUGUUUCGGCCUACGGGAGUGCUGUGCGCCAGAUCAAUCCUGGUGAUGUCGUCGACAUCUCUGGCGUCUUCCUGCCCACUCCGUACACCGGGUUCAGGGCAAUGCGUGCCGGCCUCCUGACUGACACCUACCUCGAGGCACAUUACAUCCUCCAGCACAAGAAGGCGUAUGAGAACAUUCGGGUCGAUCCAGGAGUGGCACGCAAGAUUGAUAUGUACAGGAGGUCGGGACACGUUUACGAAUAUCUCGCCAAGUCAAUCGCUCCCGAAAUCUACGGUCAUCUCGACGUCAAGAAGGCACUUCUGCUGCUCCUCGUCGGAGGUGUUAACAAGGAGAUGGGAGACGGCAUGAAGAUCCGUGGAGACAUCAAUAUCUGCUUGAUGGGUGAUCCUGGUGUGGCCAAGUCCCAGCUGCUCAAGUACAUCUCCAAGGUGGCUCCGCGCGGAGUGUACACCUCUGGCCGUGGCAGCAGUGGUGUUGGUCUAACUGCUGCCGUCAUGAGGGACCCUGUCACCGACGAGAUGGUCCUCGAGGGAGGUGCACUCGUCCUCGCCGAUAACGGUAUCUGCUGUAUUGAUGAGUUCGACAAGAUGGAUGACAACGACCGAACGGCUAUCCACGAAGUCAUGGAACAGCAGACCAUCAGCAUCUCCAAGGCUGGUAUUUCCACGACCUUGAAUGCUCGCACCUCGAUAUUGGCUGCUGCCAACCCCCUGUACGGCCGCUACAACCCGAAGCUCUCUCCAGUCGAGAACAUCAACCUGCCCGCCGCCCUCCUUUCUCGUUUCGAUAUCCUCUUCCUCCUUCUUGAUACCCCCUCUCGCGACACCGACGCGCAGCUUGCUAAGCACGUUGCCUACGUCCACAUGCACAACAAGCAUCCUGAUAUUGGCACUGCUGAUGAGGUUGUCUUCCCACCCGAUGAGGUCCGAGCAUACAUCUCACGGGCCCGGGCACACCGCCCAGUUGUGCCACAAAACGUUUCUGAGUACAUCAUCAAGACGUACGUCAAGAUGCGAGAUGCGCAAAAGAAGGCUGAGAAGCGCGGCAAGCAGUUCGCCCACACCACGCCUCGUACCCUCUUGGGUGUCGUCCGUCUGGCGCAGGCCCUGGCUCGUCUCAGGUUCGCCAACGAGGUGACUCAAGAGGACGUUGACGAGGCACUUCGUUUGGUCGAGGCUAGUAAGGACAGCUUGAACGCCGAGGCUGGUGGCAGCAGCAGGAGACAGAUGAACGUCAGCAGCAGGAUCUACAACCUGGUCAAGUCGCUCAUGGAGACCCGCCAGUGCCUGCCCGAUGAUGCGGAUGAAGAUGACGAGGAAUUCGGAGUCGAGCUGAGCAUGCGCAAGGUCAAGGAGCGGGUCAUUGCGAAGGGCUUCACGGAGAACCAGUGGUUGAACACGCUCGAUGAGUACACGGAUCUCGAUUUGUGGCAAACUGCUGGAAAUGGCACUCGCCUUGUUUUCAUAACUGCUCAGGGCGAAGAGGACGAGGAGGAUGAUGAGUAG